AUGUUACAUCUUCAAAGAAGGGCCAAUGGGCAAUGCUGGUGCAAAGAGACCUCAUGUCUUUGUAUGCAGUGCUGUGGUCCUGCUCGUGCCUGCUCUUUGCAGGGUUUUGACCAGGAUCGGCAGAAGAUUUUCCUAUUUGAAAGGCCACUUAGAGGAGAUAUGUGCUGCCUGGGCUUCUGUUUGAUGGAGAUGAGGGUCUACACGGCCAGUAGGGAGCUCAUUGGCACUAUCCACCAGAGGUGGAGUAUGUUCACACCCUACUUUGAGGUGUGUGACUCUGCAGACUCUCCCUUCCUGAGGAUACAAGGCUCCUACUGUCCAAUCCGUUGCAUCUCCGACCAGGAGUUUAAGGUUGUCUCCAUGAUCGGUGAACACAUUGGAACAGUAUGGAAAAAGUGGCCAGGCUACAAUGAAAGCUGCAACAUGGACCAUGAACAUUUUGGGUUGGAUGUCUCUCAGAACAUGAAUGUGAAUGCCAAAGUCUUACUUCUAGCCAGUACAUUUCUCCUGGUAAGUUUAUGAAAUUUAAAUCUCAAUCAAAUAUACCUAAACGAAUUUCAGCAUAGAGUGAGAACACUAAAUAUUAUGUUCUCUUUUCCCAGAAUCAUAUGUUUUUUGAAAUGAGCUGAACCAGAAACAUUGAAAACCAGCAUUGUUGGACUGUAAACAUCUACAAAAUGUCCUGAAUUUCCAAACAGCCACUGUAAAGACUUAUAAAAACUAAAGACUAUAUAAACAUUGAACUACUGGAAUUUGAAAUGAGUAACCUUGAUAUGAGUAGAAUACAUGGCUGGAGUUACAUCACAGUAAAAUACUAUUUCAACUAACACUAUCAUUUAUUUAAACCAUCAUCUACAAUGAAUUAUUUUGCAACACCUUUCAAAAAAGAUAAUAUUUAUUUGCUGUCUAAACACAAAGUUCAACAAUACUUAUGUCUACACUCAUUUAAGUAAUCGUUCAUAAAAAAAAAAAAAAAAUACAGGGAUUUUUUUGUUGCUUGGGAUUCAAUGUGUACUACAGCAUCUUGGAUUUGAAAUUAAACUAAAUUGAAGGGCAGGAUCUAGACAGUCAGCCUUUUCUAGUCCUUUUUACAAUCUUUCCAGAUUGUUUUAAUGUUUGAAAUACAGAGACUGAGAUGACCACAGCACACCAGUGAUUUUCUAUUCCUGAAACCAUUUCAGUGUUGAUUUGCAUGCUUGGGAUCAUUAUCAUGUUGACGUAUCCAUCUAUGGCCAAGCCUGGCAGUAUUUUGGGGUAAAAUAUUCUGGAACUUUAGGGAAUUCAUGCUAUCGGCCCUCACAAGAGCUCUAUUUAAUUUAGUCUUAGUCCUGUGUCAAAUGUCCUUGAUAGUUUUUAUUUUAUUUAGUCAACCUUAUCCUGUUUUUUUGUUUUUUUGUUUUUUUUGUCAAACUUUAGUUAACUAAACGUCUGGGCAUUUUAGUCUUAUCUUACUCAAAGAAAACUAAAUAGUUUAGUGUAGUUUUAGUCACUGAAACUGUUAACAUUUUUAGCAUAAGAUUAUAAUUGAUACAGUGAGGCAAUGGGGGGAAUCUAGUUGGGGAGUUUUUUCAUAUCUCUCUAUGUAACUACUGAGCAAGUUUCAUAUAGUACUUAUAAUAAAUAACUGCAUGGUAGUGAAAAUAAAUAUAUGUAUCAACAAUAUUACAUGUUGAUAUACUGUAGUCACAGUUAGUGUUUAAUGAUGUCGGUGUCAUCUCAUCAUCAUCCCAUCAUUUUUCAUCAUAGUUUUCGUUAAGAAAAUUAACACCACCCUGAAGGGCCGUAAUCUAAGGCUAUAAUUUUUUUUAAAUUUAUGAUUAUCGGCUCUAUUGAUUAACACAAAUAAUCUAAGCUCUGACAGCAGAAUAGGAUGAUUCUAGCAAAAUACUGGAUACCAGAAACUAUUAAUUAUAUUUGCAUAAUGUAUAACAUUUAUUACACUGAUUAAUAAAAAUGUUUUAUUGAGAUAAACACACAUCACACUCUAGAAGAUUUAUAAAUUGUAGCAGUAAUUAGAUUAAGAUUAAAGUGAUCAGGAAUGUGUUUCAGAGAUAUCAGGUAAACCAAAACUGCAGUAUUCCUCAGGGUAUAUUUGGUAUCAUUUUUAUCCAAAUUUCAUGGUGAAUGAUGUGGUGAUAUAAAUAUGAUAUAGUUCUAGGAAACAACAUUUAAAAUAUAUAUUGUAAUAUGUGGUCUUUCCGCACACACACACACACACACACACACACACACACACACACACACACACACACAGGUUGGCAUGGGGGACAUUUUCACUUUUGUUCCCACCGACCCAUUCUCAGGAAUUUAAUUAACAUAUAGUUCCUAAGCAGCUGGGUUCCAUCCUGCCAUAAAACAUAUAGGUUAAUUCCCAUUUGAUAUCUUGGGCGCUAUACAUUAACAAUUCAACUGAAAAUGCAAUUUAUAAUGAUUUCUCCAGUUUCAAAAUUAUUUAACCACCUGAAUAGAAUCCCUCACAACAGCACAAAUAUGCAAAACAGGUGUUGUCUCAAGCACACCUGAUGCAACUAAUCAAGGGCUUCAUUAGUUGCACCAGGUGUGCUUGAGCUGGAACACAUGAAAUAACUGAAUUGGCUAGGGGCAGAAAAUACAUUACAUACCUGAAUGGGGCCAAAAAAGGAAGCCAUCAACGGCUGCAACCAGAUUUCUGAGAAGGCAGGUUGUGAUACACCCACGAAUGACUGCAAAAGACCUGCAGCAAGACUUGAUGGCAACAGACACUGAGGUUUCAGUGAGCAUACUAUGGUUCAUACUAAACGCAAAAGGUUUCCAUGCCAGAACUCCAAGACGUACACACUACUGAUCCAAAAGCACAAGCAAAGUCAGCUCAAAAUCAUAUAAAUAAGCCACAGAAGUUUUGGGAUUCUGUUCUGUGGAGCGAUGAAACAAAUCUGGAACAUUUGGUUCAGUGGUAUGUCUGGAGGAAUAAGAAUGAAGAAAGAACACUGUCCACACUCAAGCAAUGUGGUGGCUUGGUGAUGCUCUAGGGCUGCUUUGCAUCUUCUGGCACUGGAAACCUGCAACGUGUGGAAGGCAUGAUGGAUUCAUUGAAGUGUCAAGAAAUCCUAGGAGAAAAUGUCAUGCCGUCUUUGAGGAAGCUGAAGCUUGGGCGUCAUUGGACCGUCCAACAGGACAGUGCAUACCUCAAAUUCCACCAAGGCUUAGUUGCAGAAGUAGUCCUGGAAGAUUCUACAGGGCCAUCACAGUCACCUGACUUGAACCCCUUAGAAAAUCUCUGGUGGGAUUUGAAGAAGGCAGUUGCAGCAUGCAAACCCAAGAAUAUUACUGAGCUGGAGGCCAUGGCUCAUGAGGAAUGGGCUAAGAUUCCUCAGGAACGCUGCCAGAAGCUGGUGUCUGGCUAUGUAUCUUGUUUGCAGCCAGUGAUAACAGCAAAAGGGUGGUCUACUAAGUACUUAAGAUGCUUGCCAUGAAGGAGUUGAAUUUUGAAACUGGAGAAAAUUGCAUUUUCAGUUGAAUUUGGGGAAACCAGUUGAAACGUUCGCUGUGUUGAACUAUUUCAAUUGCUUUUGUCCGAUUUGUUCAUUGCAAACAGCUGAAAGUUUGUAAAUUUUGACAAUAAGCCUGAUUUGCAAUGGGGGUUAAAUAAUGUUGACUGAAACUAUAGAUUAUAUUAGGCUACUUCUCAGUACCCGAGGAGGGUAUCAGUAUAGCCUAGUCAACACUGGGAAAAAUUCCUAUUUAUAGUCAUCAUAAAUACAUGUACAAAAUCAGAUUUAUUUGUGAUCCAAUAUCACAUCCUUUUAUUUUUCACAUUUGUGAAAUUGAGUUUUAUUGUAUUAAAUUAUUUAAGUUUGCUUCCACUAUAGCUGCUGAACCACAUGCAUAGACUCUUUACCUCUAUGAGUAAUGCAAGUUCAGUUUGUACAGGAGUAACUUAUCUUCAAUAUCUGUAGGUUAUUGUCAUUUUUGAUUAACAUUAAUGCACACCCUUUUAUACAUCCUGAGCAUACUUUUUCGAUUUAAUAAUUUAUUAGAGAUCAUCAUCAAGGAUCAGGUUAUCAAAUGGGACCAAAUGGUUAC